AUUAAAAACUUGUCACAUUAUACAGUUUGUGUUCAAAUAUGGUUCGGAUUUAUUAAACAAAAGUCAGUGUUUGAAUGUAAAUAGAUUGAAAUACAUGAUUUUGGAGCUUUCUAGGGCUCUGGGUUAAACUGACUGUACCUUUAAAGAGUCCUGUCCCAAUUACUGCCAAGCUCCGCCUCUGGAGCAGACAUCCCAUGAGUCAUAAAGUUUGAUGUCCUGCCCAAAGUUUAGACCCGACUGGGACAAAACUUUUUUCUCUCCCUGUGUUGAAAGUGAGCUGCAGAGAUUUGUCCCACGAACCAUGAUUUUAUUCUUUUCGUUCUAAGACUAUUUUCUAACUUUUCUUUUUUUGUGAGUGGGACUCUUCUUCCAGCGGAGCGUUUGUUUUGUUUUUCGUCUUUUGUGUUUGCGUCUGCUUUUUUUCCUUUUUUUUUCUUUUGGAAAAAACUGGGGCCGGACGACAACACAGAUUCCUGUGUGGAGUAGAUAUGCGCUUUGUUACAUUCACAAGUAUGCCAGCAAGAAACAACAGGGAAGCGCCGUGUUUCACUGCACAUCUCGACAGCUAACACACACACAAGAAAAAGAAACGACUCAAACUGGUCAAAGUUUAGAAUGACUCUGGAUAAGUUGUGCUGAAGCGGCGUCGAGAUUUCCAGAUUUCCUCCUGCGUAAAAAAGUUUGGGAAUUUGGCUCUCACUUUUCCCCACUCUUUUUUUGCAUGAGCUCCUAAACGCGGAUUUAUAUUCAUAUAUAUACAAAAGUUGGCAGAGUGUUUUGGGACAAUGGAUCCGAGCCAGCACAACCCUCCUGCCGGGCACCAAAUCGUCCAUGUACGCGGUGACUCAGAGACGGACCUGGAGGCGCUCUUCAACGCCGUGAUGAACCCAAAAGGCACCAUCGUCCCACCAUCCGUACCCAUGAGGAUGAGGAAGCUGCCAGACUCCUUCUUCAAACCUCCAGAACCAAAGUCCCAUUCCAGACAAGCAAGCACAGACGCUGGGAGCGGCGGUGCACUCACCCCCCACCAUGUCCGCGCUCACUCGUCCCCAGCGUCCCUGCAGUUGGGAGGGGUUUCUGGUGGCUCCAUGUCCGGCAUGCCCCCAGCAGGUGCUUCCCCUCAACAUCUCCGUCAGUCCUCGUACGAGAUUCCCGAUGACGUGCCCCUUCCCCAUGGGUGGGAGAUGGCCAAGACCCCUUCCGGCCAGAGAUACUUCCUCAACCACAUCGAUCAGACCACCACUUGGCAGGAUCCUCGCAAAGCUCUGCUACAGAUGAACCAGGCUCCUCCGCCCAGUUCUGUGCCAGUCCAGCAACAGAACAUCAUGAACCCAGCUAGUGGUCCUCUCCCUGAUGGCUGGGAACAAGCUAUUACAUCAGAGGGAGAAAUUUACUUCAUCAACCACAAGAACAAGACCACAUCCUGGCUCGACCCACGACUUGACCAACGCUAUGCCCUGAAUCAGCAGAGGAUGACCCAGAGUGCCCCGGUGAAACAGGGAGGCCCGCUGCCCCCCAGCCACAGCGGAGUCAUGGGAGGCAACAAUCAGAUGAGACUGCAGCAGAUCGAGAAGGAACGCCUGAGACUGAAGCAACAGGAGCUGCUUCGGCAGAGACCACAGGUCAGGAAUCAGAGCUCAGAUAUCUCAGAAAUGUUCAGAGGCCUCACGAAGGAAUCGAAAACGUUCCCACGUGUGCAUCAGUACAUCCGUGCAGAGGCGCAAGACACUGGACCCACAGUUGCCCACUUGAUGAAUGUGAGGGGCUCCGGCAAACUGUUUAUGUAGCGGAGCACAAUAUACAUUUUGAUGGCUCUUUAAAAAUGAGUCAUAGGUAUCGUGGUGGAUGUUGGGCCUCUUUGAUGUGCCGUUAUUAUUAUACCGCCCCGCAGUGAAGCACUAACUGUGAGUCAUCUGUGGUAAUUUUAUCACUUCCUAACGGUGAUGUGUCACAGCGCCGCCCGCCUACACAGGGUGGUGCAGCAGAGGACAAGCAUUUACUUAAGGCUGUGUCACAACAGCAGAAACUGAGGUUUAUGGUUAUGAAUGGCAGCGCCGCUGACUUUGUUUACUGUGACAAUCUCGCAGGUUGUGUAAAGUUCACUGUUUAGGAAGUGACCCGAGUGAGUGCAUGCACCUCGGGCUGUAAAGCGAGAAUGAUAAAAGUUAUACUGAAGGUGGCUUGGAGCACAUGUGUUGCAUGUUUAACUAACCAGGUUAAUGGUAACUCUGUGAAAGGUCAUUAUGGGGUAAAGGGAGGCUGCUUCUGCAACUCUGUUUUUGUUUUAAAAUGCAUUACAUCGCGUCAGCUUUCAUCUGGACGGACAGAAACAGUGACCUUUUGUUGCUGCAUUUGUGUCGUUAACACACACACUUAUUUUACUAAAAAUGUCUCCUUUCUAGUGUCUCUUUGGCAUUAUUUCCUCAAACUACAUACA